AAAACUGGCCAAGAAGCGCAAGGAGACGCUGAGCAGCACACGGCAGGAGAUGACAGUGAUGGUGAACUCCAUGGACAAGAGCUACACGGAGCAGGGCACCAACUGUGACGAGGCCAUUUCCUUCAUGGACACCCACAGCCACACACUGAACGGGAGAAGUGAGUGUCCAACACCAGGGCAUUGUGGGUGGGUUGGUGGGUGUCUUGGGAGUCUAGAGGGCCUUUCACACUACUGAGCUGAACCCAGCCGAGCCAAACCAACCUAUACUGAGUUGGCCUUGUUAAACAUUACCCAUAGUUGUAGGAACUGAAAUGGAAAGGACAAUGGGAAAUGAAAACCAUAUUAGAGCUAACACAGCAAUAGCGUGGAGAGGCUAUAGGGACCAUAGAGUACCACUGGCACAUUAGAGCCAUUUCUUUCAAUUCUAAACCAAUUCUGUUUUUGUCAAUGAUCAAGUCAUGUGACAGGCUCUUGCAAACAAAAUAACGUUUAUACAGUUUUUGUUUACUUAUUAGGCAACUCAACCACAAUUUGCAGAUACAGCGUCUAAAUAAGGACUUAUCGGUCUCAGAUCUUACUUCCUUAAUUUUCCAAAGCUGUCCAAAUGCUCUUAAUCAUUGUUUCUGAUCCUGAGCCUUCCUAAAACCCUGCUUACCUAAUUAUCCAUCUCUUUCCAGCCUUUUAUUUCCCUCCUAUUGCCUCUAUGAGGAUCCUGUGUUGACACAUGGACAAUGGCUCUAGGUCCUACAGGUCAUAUCCCUUGUGUGCCCCCAUCAGCACUAACCCCUAUGGGGGCAGUAGAUCCCCCAACCAUGUCCCACGUUUCCAUCCCUUCUGGCCUUGCUUCUCACCCCAGAGACAGCUGGCCCUGGCUGGGAUACAAUCCCCUAAUCCUCCCCACCAACGGUGGUCCCCAGGCCCAGACAGAGUCAGCACCUACAGCUCUGCAUGCUGGGUCAGCAGGUCUCAUCACCAUAUGAUAUUCCCCUUUUACCCCCCUUCGCAUCCACAUGCCCCCAUCCCUCAGAUAUAAGACAUUAAGGCACCCCUUAUUAUGAUGAUAUUUCUUAGACCUUAUAUCUCUGUUUCUGGAGACUGGAGGCUAAGUAAGUCACAAACCCUGAAGACAGCGUUUUCUGUCUUUCUUUCAACUCUGAAGGUUAGGAGGUGACAGGGUGACUAGGCAUGUUUCUCUCCCCUCACGGCCACGUGCUCCUCUCCUCUGUCUGUCAAAGAAAAAGGGGACGGGAGCAAAAAUGUGACCGCAAACAUGUCUUUGAUCGUUUGGCGCGCGUUUAAUAUUGCAGUAGUGGAAAGCCAUUUCUGCCUGAAAGGGCCGGCUGGCAUGUCACCGGGCAGAGUGGAGUGGCCCGGGAAACUUUGGAGAUAGAUAAAUAAAUAAACAUGCUCUCAUUGGACGACAGAGCCAUUCAUCUGUGACCUUAUCCCGCUGUCUAUCACAAUAUCCUUGACUGACAGCUGGGUCACUGUACCAAACUUAUCAAGGCAGCUGUCGGAUUGCGACCGACAAACACGGCGACCGUCGCUCAGCAUACUCCGCCGGCUUUAUCACUGAAUCGGCUAAACUUUAUUGAUUUGGCUGAAAUAUGUUGUAUGAACACAGCGUGUUGUUGUGUCUUACGCAAACCAAAAUACCAUAAUUAAAAAAACAUUUGCGUAUUUGUAUCCGUACACAUAACCAAAACAGUACAUUUUACAUUUACAUUUUAGUCAUUUAGCAGACGCGACUUAAUGUCUCAGGUUCUUGACAUUAUUCCACUUGUUAAAUUGACUGUCAGGGAACAGGCUUCUUUGUUUGAUUCCUACAGAUUUUCUAGAAAUAUACUAAUACUUCUUCCUUCACUAAAGGUUAUAAUGACCAUUCUGUUUGUGUCUGCUCUAUCUCUUGCUAAAAGCUGUCUCCUCGCCCUCGUCAUUCACCAUGAAGACUAACACGCUCAGCACGUCCGUACCCAACUCCUACUACCCAGGUAAACUACCUCCCCUUCAAACUCCUUUUAACACCUUCUAAUUCUACUACUGUCUGUGACCUCUUAUGACCCUUGAUCUCUGAAUGACCCCUUGAACUUUGACCGUUUAACGAAUGGCCAAUGCCGAUUCAGGCACCAGUGCCUGUAUUUGUCCCGUGUAGCUCAGUUGGUAGAGCAUGGCACUUGCAACGCCAGGGUUGUGGGUUCGAUUCCCACGGGGGGCCAGUAUGAAAAGAUUUAUGCACUCACUAACUGUAAGUCGCUCUGGAUAAGAGCGUCUGCUAAAUGACUAAAAUUAAAAAAUUUAAACGCUCUGCUUGACUUAACGGUGGCCUGCAAAACAAUGUAAUGAUGCCUGUUCUCUUUUUGCCUGCAGUUUUAAUUGCUCUGCAGCGUUUGCACUUCAGCAUACUAUUUCCUGCCCCUACUUGGGAGAACCAUAUUUAGCCAUAUUGGUAGAUAGAUUUGAAUUGAUAAUGAAAUUCGAUGGAUUUUGUUGGACAUGAUUUAUAUUAAACUGACUUAGUUAUAAUCUCUCAUAUUGUUAAAUAUGAGCUAUUUAUGCUGUUCUUCCAUUGAGGGGUUUCUUUGCCUCUCUUGAUGACUGUAAUGCCAACUUACUGCUCUGCUAUAAUGUUGCUGUCUCACCUGAGGGGAGAGCACGUCACUGUAUUCACUGCUAUAUUCUCUCUUCUUUGUUAACCCCCUACUCUGCACUGGUUUUGGGGUGUGGGCAGAUCCCUUUGUGCCAACAGCUAUCUUGGGUGAGAAAACAUUAUUUUAUUUUUUCCUACAAUACAUUUCUUAUGCUUACAGACCAACUAAGAGACAGACUACUCUAAAAUAGACAAGGUGCUGUGCAUUUGAGGGAAGGAGAGUCAGAGAGGGAGAGAGGGAGAGAGGGGAGAGAGAAAGAGUGUCAGAUAGCGAUUUGGACUGUUUUUUUUUUCCUGAUAAUGGCUUUCACACAUUCAUACCUGCCUGCUUUUCUUCUUUAUGUCAGACCAGAAGGUUUUGUUUCUUUCUAAUCAAGCUGAGGUUGGCUAAUUCACUCCAUCCCAUCCGCAUUCCGUGUCGUGCGUGUGACGUCACGUAUGUCUAUGACCUCUCAUAUGCAUGGACAGACAAUGUGGACUGGAUGAGGGGGAGUGGCACAGCAAACAAACUAAAAACAUGCAUACAAACAGACAAAGUUGUUCCCAUCACCAUAGCAGAAAGUAGUUCCCAUCGCCAUAGCAGAAAGUAGUUCCCAUCGCCAUAGUAAUGAAUGUAGAGAAGUGGCAAACAUUGGAAAGCUCCCGGGCAAAGCUAAGGAAUUAUACACUUUUGUCAAUGUAACUAUUGCCUAGCUGACCCUUAUCAACUCCUUCAGAACAAUAAUUGUCAGUUCCAACCCGAUAACUUUGUCUUGGUAGAUUGUUUGUUGUGCAGGUACAUUAGACAACAUACACACACCACAUGUAGACAUUUGACAAAGACACAUAUCAACAUACUGUAAAAUGUGUCUUUUAUACCAGAUUUACACACUUUAGGGUAGUAGACAAAGAUAAAAAGCACAACAGUGUCUCAAGCAAGCAUGGCAUGAGUGAUUUUCUAGAUGUUUCCUCAGGCAAGGCCCAAUAUUCACGUUCACCGUUUACAGUACCUCAGAAAAGGGCUAGCUAGUGGUUUCACUUGUUUUCUAGAGAGGUUUUCAAACGUGAUCAGGAGAUGUUUUACCACAGAUGUAGGAUCUUAAUUUGAUCACUCCUUUGUUGCUGAGAAUUUUCCUGCACCGCAGGAAAUGCAGAUGAGCUUCGUGAUUUACAUAAAUUAACUGAAAACCCACACUAACACACGGUUAUAUUAAGAGUAUUGCACUUUUCAUGUAGCCUACUUUUGGCCAGCUAAUAGACUAACCACUGAUCAAGCAACAUUAUGGACUAAAGGUUCAAAUCCUGUUGCUGCAGGAUUAUUCUUGCUUUGACAAUAUAGGUCAAAUGAACAUCCUACACCUGUAGUUAAACUGAUUUGGCAAAUGACCCUUUUUUUUUAUGUGUUCAGUAAACAAAAUGGGUUGGUUCUUUAUCAUGUAAUUAUCAGCAUUGAUUACAUUGAAAUGGCCAAUUAUAGGUGAUUCCAACCAAAUUAACACAACCCCAACUAAAGUGUCCCAGAUCUAGCUUUCUGUGAGGUGUCCAAUUGAACUGAAUAGUUGGUUAGAUCAAGACUCCCGGAAUGGCAAAAAAUGUUGGUGCCUAGAAACAUCUAGAGAAAAUUAAAACUGUGCAGGUGCUCAUGCCUAAACGUUAUAUUGUUGCUUAUACCCUGUUUCCUUUCUCUUCUCCUUUUUUUUCUUCACAUUUAACCUGUUAUGUAUCCUCUAAUAAAGUGCCCAUUAAUGGUAAGUUGCCAGUCUGCCCUGUUUUCUCUGGGGUGAGGAGAUGUGUGUGUGCGUCAUGCUAUUGAAAAGGGGCUUGCCUUGUCUUGGGGGCUGCUCUCCCAUCUUGUUGCCACGCAUGCACUUGUGUUAGCGCAUCUCACGCCCCCCCCCCUCCCCCUGUGAAGCCAUUAGCUAGCAUGGCGGUCUGACUCCACCCGUGGACAGUGUUGCCUCAUGCGUAUGUGGACUAUGUGACAUACCCUCCCUACCCCCACAACCCCCUCCCCCUACUUUGUUGAAUGGGGUUCUCACGCCUCUGACAUUUUGUGUUACGGUUUCCCAUUAGACAUAGUUACCGACCAGGGUAGCCACUUCAUUUGAUCGUGCACCCACGUCAUCCAUCCACCGCCGCCAUUCCAUCAUUUGUGCAACCUAAUUUUGCCAUUGGUCGAAUUCUGUGGAUAGAAAAGUUUCUACUGAGAACUUAGCCACAAGCUAGCGUUAUCAGAACUGAGGGCUAGUCUAGCAUCAAUAGAAAUAAAGCAAUCUCUUUCCCCUCAUCAGACAAUGUAAAUAGAUAUAUUGGGCACCAUCAUGUCAUCUAUUGAAACAUAAUGUUAUAAUACAAGCUCCAUUAUUUUGUCUUCACCAUGUUUUAAAGCACUGUAAUAACUAGUUGAGCAUAACGUAGUUUAAGUAACUCCUUUUCAUUUCAUGUUUUGUCAUUGAAUAACUUUAUAUUGUGACCUUGUAUUCAUCCAUUAGAAUGUCAACAGUGUUUCCUAUCCUAUGUCUGUACGGGGUUGUGCAGCACUCCAGUUCUGACCAGUGUGUGUGUUUGUGUACGUGUGUCCUCGUCCCUCCUCUCUGUUUCUAGAUGAGAACCACACCAUGACCAGUGACACCAGUAGUUUGGUCCAGUCCCACAGCCACUCCUAUAAGAAGAAGAGGGAGGUGGCGGAUGUGCCUCCCUACCAGACCGGUCAGCUCCACCCAGCCAUCCGUGUGGCCGACCUGCUCCAGCACAUCACCCAGAUGAAGUGCGCUGAGGGCUACGGCUUCAAGGAGGAGUAUGAGGUGAGAGCCCCAACUACCUGCCUGUCUGACUAGUGUAGUAUCCCCCCUAUCCUCUCUCACAUGGCAGACAGUGUCCCCACAAACCACAAUGUCCCCACAAACCACAAUGUCCCCACAAACCACAAUGUCCCCACAAACCACAAUGUCCCCACAAACCACAAUGUCCCCACAAACCACAAUGUCCCCACAUACCACAACAUUCUCCUAAACAAAAAUGUCCCCACAUACCACAAUGUCACAACAUACCACAAUGUCCUCACAUACCACAAUGUCCCCACAUACCACAAUGUCCCCACAUAUACCACGUCACCGGUCUGUCUGUCUUUGUAGACUCCCUCACUCGGAAGCACACGGGUCCCUGUUCGUCUUUCUUUUGUUUUGUUUUUUGUGUUUCUUUCUUGCUUUUAAUGCUUGUCUUCUUUCCUGGUUUGUUGUUUUACUUCUCUUUUUCUUAAGUGUUUAGAUUCAUUGUUUGUUUGACAUUUCUGCAAGGAGUUGCAAUUUGGUCUCUUUGAAUGAACUUCUCAUUUGUGCAAUUAGUGCACAAAAUGCACUAGUUCUGUGUCCACACACUCCUCCCAUACCGAUGUUUGUGUCACCACUGAAUUCCUCUGGCUUAGUGUUUGGGCUCCUGCAGUUUGUUGACUGCACGCCUCACUAUAUUUUUACAUUUACGUCAUUUAGCAGACGCUCUUAUCCAGAGCGACUUAAAGUUAGUGAGUGCAUACAUAAUUUUUUGGUCAUACUGGCCCCCCGUGGGAAUCGAACCCACAACCCUGGCGUUGCAAACGCCAUGCUCUACCAACUGAGCUACAUGGGGCUAUAUCUUACUGCCUCGUGGACACCAUCCAUUUAGUCUAGCAACGCUAAACCGCCCUGGUUCGAAAAUGUGCCUUCUAAAUCUUGAAAAUCCUACACCACACACACACACUCUCAAUAAACACACACACACACACUUAAGGGGGGAUUUUCCGAGACUGUGUGUUAAUGGCUGAGACCAUUGCGAGCUGCCAGCUCUGCCUAGUGAACGAACUAGAUGUGAACAGCGCUUCUCUCCAGAAGCUGUCUGAUUCCCUCGCCACUCAGCACAUAGUGUGUGAUUCUACCUUUUCUACCUUUUCUACAGAGGGAAUUUACCUGUAAUGAACUAUCCACCAACCCCCCUCCCAUCUUAUCCUUUACUUUGCUAUACCCACUACUUACACAAUAAAUGACACAGGAAUCAAAUCAAUAAUUCAAGCUCCCAUACCCGGUCCCUGUGGUUUGGGGCUACCCUCAGGGCUCAAUUCAUUAUGGAUAUGGAUGGAAGACUUUUAAGGCUACUAGUGCAAUAAUACAGUAUUGCCAGUCUAAAAAAUACAGAGUGCGGAAUAAUUGAUGCCCUCCCUCUUCCACCUCUCCACCCCUCCAUCUGAAAGUGCUUCACGUCACUGUUUUGUAUUUUCUAUCUUUCUAUUGAUUUUUUUUCGACCUUUCUAUUUGCAACGCCGCUAAAGGUUAGAGACGGCGAGUCAUUGUCACUUCGUUUUCUUUUCCUGCUACCACUGUCUUAGGUGUAAAUGGUCUCUCUAGACAUGACGAGCCGAGCACUAAACUAAACUGAUCAAUUCUAAUCUCUCCCCCGAUUCCAUGCUUCUUGUUAUUCCAUAACUUUGUCUAUGGGAAAGAUAAAUGAGGUAAGCAAGUCCCCUUUUUGGUUUGAUUGUAAAAUAUGUUUUUAGAUUGUUGCUUUGUCGUAGUAUUAUAGAAGCCCAAGUUGCAGCUAGCAUACAACCUAUAGCUCCUAUCUUGGAGAGUUUGUUCCUACGAUAUUGCUCAUCAUUAUUUCUUUGAUACCUGCUGUUGGUUGUCUUGUGUCCAUGCAAACAUGCAUUUAACAGCCCCCCUAAACCAUUAAAUACUAGAAAAACAUCCACUUUUUUUCUGCUCCAAAUGAAUCCCCUGUGGCCAGUGAGAAUCAAAGAGCGGUGAAAUGAGUGCCGUUCAGUCGACACAACAGCACGUAGCAGAGGUCCCGUCUAAUGGAAGUGUUUGUAGACAGAACACACUCCGCGUUCAUCCCAGACACACAGUAAAUGUGCCUCGUCGAGCUCAGGCCUGCCUCUUCUUCAAAGGCAAAAAAACAUAUUUGAUUUGUUUUAAUGAUAAUGCAGUCAGACGCCAUUUGAAAUCUUUAAUCAUGAAAGACUGUAACUGCUCCAGCUUGCCCUCUUGGUAUGGUAUGGUGCAAUCAAAAACGAAAUAUUAAGACUUGCAGAUCAUAUUUAGUUAAAACCAAUUGAGUCCUUGAGAUCAACUUACGUUGUACCUACAUCUCCAUUAAUAUGCAGCUUUUACUGUGAUCGUUAUUCAUGAAUGGCUCUUACUAUUCCUCCCACAUAUCCACCUCCCUAACCACUACACAAUCUUACUCUGUAACACUGUUCAACAUCCAACUCUGUUUACCUUCCAUGUCAUCAUAACACACUGUUUCUCUCCUCAGAUUGGCUUCAUACGGGCAGCAUCUUCCAAGCAUUAUGUUAAUGCCUGAAAUAUGCCUUUGUGUUUAUGCCAGAUUGUGCUGCCUACUGGUAAACACUUGAGAAAGCAUUGUGUGGGGUAAAAACGCAGUGGAGCUGUUUUGGUGCUGAAGCUUUGUCUAAGCCCCUACCACCUCUGGUGCCUCUGAGGAGUGUUUUCAAAGUCUCUGUCCCCCUGUAGUCAGUAGCGUUGAGGGUGAAAUCACAAGGGGGUUUUAGAAUCAUAAGGGGUUGGUGUUGCACCUGAGUGAGAGACUGAACAUCAACAGCCAUUCAGAAGCUCCUUUGAGCCGUGGGAACAAUGGCUUCCACACUGUUUGUUCACUCGCUUGUUUUGGAUAAGAUUUGGGAUAAGAGAGCACUUUUGUUUGGAUUUGGGCCUGUGAGAGCAGACCAUAGAUCUCAUCUCAGUAGGUCUACUUCCAUGAAAAUCACCUGUGUAGUGCUUUGAAAAAGUUUGAGAGGGGAAAAGUAUGCAGGGCUUUGAAUUAAUUAUUGGUUUUCCACCAAUCACGUUAAGGCUUACUGGCAGGUGGUGGAAAAACCUGGCCAAUGGAGAAUUAGUAUGAUCGUGCCAAUGGGGUUAGAUGAAGCCUGGAGCUGCCUCCUAGCCAUUUGACUUGUAAUUCCCCCACAGAUUGCUGCAAGGCUGCUAUGGAUGUUAAUAAUUCAAUAUUAUACCUUUUAUAUUUAACUAGACCUUUUUUCAUUAGCAGCCAAUGUUUGGGUGAUUAUUAGGCUCAGAAAAAGCAUGUUGUAGACUAAAAUUUCUUAAAAUGUUUUCUUAAAACCCAGUUUUGUAUUUUCCCUUGAUCUGCACAUAGCAUAGAAGUCUUGCAAACACAAGACAUUGUUGCAAAAUCAAUUAUUUCUCUAAACUAGCGAGCCAAUAUUACACCUGAACAAGAAAAUAAAAAAAAACUAUGAAUAGUUGAACACCUGCCAGCAAGCGUUGGUGCAUUUCACAUCACAUAAUUAUUUUUGGUGUUCUCUAACUCUCCCCAAACUAUUUUGACAAUGUGAAAUGCUUUAUUCUUGAAAGCUCUUUUUUUCUCUGACACCGCUCACCCCUGAAGUUUGACGCGUGUCUAAAGCAGUUUGCGGCAACGUUCUUCUCCCGCCUCUCCCCCACCGCGGGCCAGUGUCGGACCACGGAUCUCAUUAUAACACAGUUGAGAAAGCGAGGGAGAGAGAGAGAUGAGCGUAAAGAAAGGUGCUUGUCAGUCAUUCUAUCACUCCUCUCCUCCCCAGGUUGCCUCGCUGGCCAUGGCACCUCCGUGUCACUUCCUGCACAUGAAAAGACAGCUGUCUUGAAAGUCACACGGCAGCGAUGAAUAACAAACCAGCGCCACUUUGAAACUCAAAAUCUAGAGAGGAGAAAUGGAGAGAGAGAAAACCGAGGGAGAACACUAAGCGCCUGAAGUUGUCAAUAUGUGUUAAACUGUAUUUAAUGUCUCUUUACUGCAUCCAAUUCUGAGACAUUCGAAGAGAGAAAAAGCAAUCUGCAUUAAAAUACGGCCUGCCCUUCAAAGUGUCACUUGUCGUGGCGGUUUACAAGGCCUGCCACUGCACGUUUCUCCCCAUACCCAAUGUGGCUGGUAAAAGGUCAUUUGAUAAUGCUAGUCUUUUAAGCUCGUUUCAAGGUGACGUCACAGCGUGUAUACCCGAUUCCCUUGUUCAAAGACGUCUUCAGGAAAAUAAAAACUUGAUUCUUCCUCUCUGAUUUCUCCCUCAUUUAGUCAUGGCCAUGUCAGCCUUGCCAAAGACUGAUUGCUGUCAUUGAUGACUGUUAAGAAAUUGCAUAUUUUCCCACUUUAGGCAGUCACAGAAAAUACCACAAGUUCACAAUUUUCAUUUGAUUUGGAGUGGAAGUACCAUUUCCCUCUUUACGUCUGGCACUGUGUGGGGCGGGGGACGACGACGACGACAUCAGUGAGAGUGAGGCUCCUCGCCAUGGGGACCAGGCUGCUUGCCAUUAUCCACUCAGAGCACUGAUCAAGGCUUCUUGUACUCGGAACGAGUUCCGUGUCAUUUUAUCAUUGAGGGGAACAAGUGGGAGAGGGAGAGAUAUGAUGGGAAGGGGGGAGCAAGCGGCUUCCCUGGCCAAAAGAGGCUCCACUGCAGGCAAUCAGAGCUAAUCAGAUCAGUUGUCUGAUGGGGCUGAGAGAGAGCGGUAUCGGAAGGAACGUUGGAUGGAUACGGCUAAAUAACAAUGCAUCAUUAUGAUCUAUUUAUACAUUCCUGACACUCUUUGGAGAGGAGAUGGGGAAGAGGCAGCAGGCAGCUGGAGGAGACAUUAACUUACAGGGGGAAGAGGCAGCAGGCAGCUGGAGGACACAUUAACUUACAGGGGGAAGAGGCAGCUGGAGGAGACAUUAAUUUACAGGGGGAAGAGGCAGCAGGCAGCUGGAGGAGACAUUAACUUACAGGGGGAAGAGGCAGCAGGCAGCUGGAGGAGACAUUAACUUACAGGGGGAAGAGGAAGCAGGCAGCUGGAGGACACAUUAACUUACAGGGGGAAGAGGCAGCAGGCAGCUGGUUGACACAUUAACUUACAGGGGGAAGAGGCAGCAGGCAGCUGGAGGAGACAUUAACUUACAGGGGGAAGAGGCAACAGGCAGCUGGAGGAGACAUUAACGUACAGGGGGAAGAGGCAGCAGGCAGCUGGAGGAGACAUUAACUUACAGUGGGAAGAGGCAGCAGGCAGCUGGAGGAGACAUUAACUUACAGGGGGAAGAGGAAGCAGGCAGCUGGAGGUACAAUUAACUUACUUGGGGAAGUGGCAGCUGGCAGCUGGAGGAGACAUUAACUUACAGGGAGAAGAAGCAGCAGGCAGCUGGAGGACACAUUAACUUACAGGGGGAAGAGGCAGCAGGCAGCUGGAGGUACAAUUAACUUACUUGGGGAAGAGGCAGCAGGCAGCUGGAGGAGACAUUAACUUACAGGGAGAAGAAGCAGCAGGCAGCUGGAGGACACAUUCAGUUACAGGGGGAAGAGGCAGCAGGCAGCUGGUUGACACAUUAACUUACAGGGGGAAGAGGCAGCAGGCAGCUGGUUGACACAUUCAGUUACAGGGGGAAGAGGCAGCAGGCAGCUGGAGGACACAUUCAGUUACAGGGGGAAGAGGCAGCAGGCAGCUGGAGGUACAAUUAACUUACUUGGGGAAGAGGCAGCAGGCAGCUGGAGGAGACAUGAACUUACAGGGAGAAGAAGCAGCAGGCAGCUGGAGGUACAAUUAACUUACUUGGGGAAGAGGCAGCAGGCAGCUGGAGGAGACAUUAACUUACAGGGAGAAGAAGCAGCAGGCAGCUGGAGGACACAUUCAGUUACAGGGGGAAGAGGCAGCAGGCAGCUGGUUGACACAUUAACUUACAGGGGGAAGAGGCAGCAGGCAGCUGGAGGUACAAUUAACUUACUUGGGGAAGAGGCAGCAGGCAGCUGGAGGAGACAUUAACUUACAGGGGGAAGAGGCAGCAGGCAGCUGGAGGAGACAUUCACUUACAGGGGGAAGAAGCAGCAAGCAGCUGGAGGACACAUUCAGUUACAGGGGGAAGAGGCAGCAGGCAGCUGGUUGACACAUUAACUUACAGGGGGAAGAGGCAGCAGGCAGCUGGUUGACACAUUAACUUACAGGGGGAAGAAGCAGCAGGUAGCUGGAGGACACAUUCAGUUACAGGGGGAAGAGGCAGCUGGAGGUACAAUUAACUUACUUGGGGAAGAGGCAGCAGGCAGCUGGAGGAGACAUUAACUUACAGGGAGAAGAAGCAGCAGGCAGCUGGAGGACACAUUCAGUUACAGGGGGAAGAGGCAGCAGGCAGCUGGUUGACACAUUAACUUACAGGGGGAAGAGGCAGCAGGCAGCUGGAGGAGACAUUAACUUACAGUGGGAAGAGGCAGCAGGCAGCUGGAGGGGACAUUAACUUACAUGGAGCAAGCAGCAGCACACAGUCUGGGUAGUGAACCAAUAAUCACCAGCACCACUCCAGCGCUGAAGUUUAUUUUCAUAAUUAGUCCUAAUUGCGUGUCCUGGCGCGAGAUCAGAAUGGCAAAAAACGAAUAUGAUUAAUAUUUAAUGAGGUGCUCUGCUCAGGCAGAGUAGGGUUUUGAUCAGCCCAGUGGCUGUGUGUAUGUGGUUGUUUUUAUUCUAUUUCAUCUCAUGUUAUUUUUGGGGAAACUAGUCCUUCAGAGGAGUAUGUUGGUAAAGUUUGUGCUGGACUGGUGUUCUAUCUCGGUGAGGAAGAUUCUAAUUGGCUUACAGCGCCAGCAUAAUGGGCACCUUUUCUGAAACGGCUCCCAGAAGGCCGUUUUCCUGCCUCCUUUCAUGUCUAGUAAUGAUGUGGAUAUAUAUCUCUAUUUUUAAUAAUGUGUCCCCUCUUUUGACCCGAAAGGAUCUGCCGCUGAACUGGGCUGUCAUUAAAGGUGAAAAGUUGACCUCGAAAUACCUAACAUCGUGGUCUGGAGGGAGGUGGAGAUAGGAAGUCGGGGAGUCGGAGAGGGAACUGUAGGAUAGGCAGGGAAGAUGGAGGAGUAGUGUGUCUCGAUUAGUUGUCAUUGUAUUUAUUAUCUUUAGUUUCUGCUAGUAGUUCUCUCUAGUUGUUUAUUCUUUCUUUGUGUUCUUGAGGUUCGCUUCUUCUUUCUUUCUUGUUUCUUUCUUUUCUUUUUCUUCUAUCUCUUCUUUCUCUUUCUUUUUUUUCUUUCUUUCUUUCUUUCUUUGUCUUUCUUUCUUUCUUUCUUUCUUUCUUUCUUUCUUUCUUUCUUUCUCUAGAGCUUCUUUGAAGGACAGUCUGCACCAUGGGACUCUGCCAAGAAAGACGAGAACAGGAUGAAGAACCGAUACGGAAACAUCAUUGCAUGUGGGUACAAAUGAUAUGUCACCAGUAUUUUUUGUUGUUGUUAUUCAAAACCCCUAAUGGUUAGAUAUGAAUUUGUGAACUUUAUUGUGAAAAUGUGAUUGAUUGUAUUGUCUGUUAUUGUAAAGCUACAUAAAGUUCGGGACAUAUGAAAAAUGUGUCUUGAAGCUGUGAUCUUCACUCCAAACGACAUUGAAUGUGCAUGUGGAUAAAACACAGGCAGUCCUAAUUGCCUUUGCAAUUAUGAAAAUGAGCCUUGACAUGGCGUAGGGUGCCAUCUUUCUCUGCAGAACCAUUUCAUACGUUGCUUUUUUCCUGAUCGGCCUACUCCUGAUCGGCCCUACACACACACACACACACACACACACACACACACACACCCCACUCCACCAGUGACGAGGUGACCGCCCCAGUUAUUUCCAUGGCAAUAAGAUUCCUGACACUUCCUGUCCCUGCAAAUGAGCAACCGACCAAUCGCAGUGCUGCACAUGGAGCGACAACCAAUGAGCUGCAGGGCACAUUGGGGGCGGGGGGGGACUGACGGUUUCCUGCCGGCUAUAAUAAUUAGUGAAUAAAUCAUUCAGAGUACGUUAGCAUGUCCUCUGUGAAAUGGGAGAGAAAGAGAGAGAUCAGAGUAGAUCACUCUCCUAUCAGUCAUAUUGAAUCCUUAUGACUAAUGGACAGACACUCGUUUCAUAACAGAGCUCUGUCAUGUGAUGAAUUUGAUUAAGUAGAGUCACACAUCACAGUGGUUGACUGCCCAAGCUCAUUCUCUGCACCUAACUGGUGAUACGGACUCUCACUGGGCCCAGAUCCAUCACUUUGAAUCCCAACAACAACUAAGAUGGAACCGUAACUGAACAACUGUAACUGAACAACUUAACAACUGCAUAAUACACUUACACAGAAUUGUUGACUGCUACCCAAAUGAAUAGGGACUUUAUCAACUUAUUAACCCAGGAAAAGCUUUCUUCUAGGGGGCAUACUUUAGAGACCAGCACAGUGGCUAGGUAGUUGAUGACAUUAAACUCAGUGGUCACUCUCCUCCACAGGGAUAGCCGACCAGUGUUUUCCUCUCUGUCUCAUAAAUAUUACUAAUGGGGCCUUGUUUUCUCGCCCUCUCUCUCUUGUUUUUUCUUUCCCUCUGUCCUGUCUUCAUCCAGAUGAUCACUCCCGCGUCCGGCUGCAGGCUGUCGAGGGAGAGCAGAGCUCCGAUUACAUUAAUGCAAAUUACGUG